AAUUGGAAAGUCCAUGUUCCACGUGUAAACUUUAAGUGUCUGUCUUUCCGCUAAACUGAGAUCAACAGUAGAGGCUACACAAGGAAACACAGGGGUUAUCAGGCUUUUCCAUUUCCCUUUUCAAUCUUGAUUUAAAAGAGAGAGAGAGGGAGGUGUUGCUGACUUUCAGAAGGAAAAAAAGUACAUGCAGAGCAAGGAAAUAUUACCGUGUACAGCCAUAAGCCUGUGACCUGGGUUUGGGAGCUUGCCUGUACCGGGGAGAGUCGGGCCGAGCCCAGGACGUGGCGACAGUGUGAGGGGGCACAGACUGCAGGCCGCCUCCUGCCGGAGUAGGCCCCGUUGUUAGGGUAACCGACCUCUUCAACCCUGGUGGAAAUACAAAAGGAACUGAAAUGGACAAACCACUAGAGGGAAGUAGUUUUGAGAUCCAUUAUGUGACUGGUGACCUGUUCAAAUGUCCUGAGGAGGAGACACUGGCGCAUUGCAUCAGUGAAGACAUUCGUAUGGGAGCAGGGAUAGCAGUAGUUUUCAAGCAGAAGUUUCAAUCUGUUGAAGAGCUGCUGAGUCAGAAAAAGAAAGUUGGGGAUGUGGCUGUGUUGAAGACAAAACAAAGAUAUGUCUACUAUUUGAUUACAAAAAAGGCAGCCUAUCAAAAGCCAACUUAUGAAAAUCUGCAGAGCAGCCUGGAAGCAAUGAAGAAACAUUGCCUGAAACAUGGAGUCUCGCGAAUCUCAAUGCCAAGGAUUGGAUGUGGACUGGACCAACUGAAGUGGGAGAGAGUUUCUAAAAUAAUUCAAGAGGUCUUUAAGGAUACUGAUAUCAUCAUCACUGUGUACUCUUUGGAAGCACCUGCUAAGUUUGCCACCUACACUAAACGAUUGUCUCUAUUUGAUAGUAAAUAGAAAGUGAAGCUGGGUGUUUUGAAUUAGUGCUUUCACACCUGUGGCUUUCAAAUAGUUAUUUCUGCCAAUCUGAGACUAUGUAGCUGAAUUCAUUUGUAAAUGAUUUAAUGCAUGGGGAAAAAUAUUGUAAAGGGUUGUUCUAACCUGCUAGGAAGUACAUCAGACAAAGAUAUCCAAUACUUGCUCUGGGAAAGGCCUACUGAACCUAUUGGACAUUGAGAAACUAAUGGUGGACCUUCUCCUGCAACAGUGAGGUUAAUCCAGUUCUCCUCACUGUAGGGGGAGGGGUGCUCAUCUGGUUAAGUGCCCCAUUUCCCAAAAUAGGGCAGUGAAUCCUCAAGGAUGCCUGUUUUUCAUCAGCCAGUUUGACCAAAAUCUCCAAGAAUUAUUUAUUUUCUAUGGAUCGGCAUUCACCCACUUCUAAUGCAGAUUGUUUAUCAAGUAGACAAAUCUUGCUUUAUAAAAAUAUAGUUGGCCAGCUCACUGUCCUUGGUGUCUAAACUUAUGAUUUCUCAUCACUUAAGAAUUUACAUUUUUAAAAUUUAAAUUCAAGUGCAGUGGAAACUGAGUUAACAAAACGUGCAGAGCAAUAUUUAAUGGCAUGCAGUUGCAAACGUAAUUCUGGAUGACUCAGGGAUACAAAAAUGUUCAUCAAACAUUAGUCUAUUUGUUCAGGAGCUAAUGUUUCUACACGGUAAUAAAGCAAUAAUACCAACAGUCAA